GCGUCUUCCUCCCUUUAUAAACAACCCACCUACAACAAUCUGCAAAAGAGAUUGAGAAUCCAAAGUUUCUUUUUUUUUCCACCAUCAAAGUUAUGGUCUUGUUUAGUGUUGUUAACUAAUGGAAAUUGAUACGAACAAACGCAGCGACAACCUCGUUCACUCUCGAUUCUUUCUCUCUGGGUUCUAUUGCUGGGGUUGGGAAUUCUUGACCGCUCUUCUUCUCUUUAGUUUUUCUGCCUAAAUCACCACCUUCUUUUUCUUGUAAUUUUUGUCUUGUAAUCAUAAUUCUUUGUUACGAUCCUUUUUCUUUUUUCUUUUUGGGUUUUACGUAAUACUUUGGGAGGGGUUUGGUCAAUCGGAACAUAUGGCGCAAAGGUCAGUUCCGGCGCCGUUCUUGAUAAAAACGUACCAGCUGGUGGAUGAUCCGGUCACCGACGACGUGAUUUCGUGGAAUGAAAACGGCACGUCUUUUGUCGUUUGGAAGACUGCUGAUUUUGCAAAGGAUUUGCUUCCCAAUUAUUUCAAGCACAACAACUUUUCCAGCUUCGUCCGUCAGCUCAACACUUACGGAUUUCGAAAGGUUGUUCCAGACAAAUGGGAAUUUGCCAACGAGAACUUCAAGCGAGGGCACAAGGAGCUCUUGUCGGAAAUCCGUCGCCGGAAGACGGUGACAACAUCGACGGCUAACACUCCUGCGAACGGAAAACCAACUGGUGCGAAUCCUUCCUCCCCAACAAACUCUGGUGAUGAUCUAGGGUCCACCUCCACGUCUACAUCACCGGAUUCAAAGAAUCCGGGAUCGGUGGAAACGAAGCCGGCAGCCAUGACUGGAUUCGCCGAUUUAUCGGACGAGAACGAGAAACUGAAAAAGGAUAACGAGAUGCUGAGCUCAGAGCUGGCGCAAGCCAAGAAGCAGUGCAACGAGCUUGUCGCGUUUCUAACUGAAUGCGUGAAGGUAGGGCCUGAUCAGAUUAAUCGCAUCAUGCGGCAAGGAAGCUUUGGGUCUACCCAUGAUGGCGAUGCUGGUGGCAGUUGCUACGGUGACGAUGACAAUGAUGCUGACGAAAACGGCGAAGACGAAGAAGGAAACGGAAGUUUGAAACUGUUUGGGGUAUGGUUGAAAAGCACGGGAAAGAAGCGGGCACGCGAUGGGAAAAUCCUGUACGGUGGGCCACACGCUAAAGAGAUGAAGACUGUCGAUUAUGACCACGUGGCUAUGGCGAUGAAAAGCGGUAGGGUUUGCAACUGAGCCAACUGGUCAAAAUCGAUGGUUUCCUAAAAUUAUAAUUAGGAAUGAAAUUAAAAAGUUUUAUUUUAUAAUUUUAGGAAGUUAGUAAUUUUAUGAAUAAAUAAAAUAUGUAUAUUUGUAGUUUCUCUUUACAAGUAAGGUGGGUCAAAUAGUCAGCAACUGUGAGAUGCAAAUGGUCCUUCAACUUUGCUUUUAAUGCUACAAAUUGUCGUUUAUUUUUCAA